AUGUUAGUAAUAAGGUUGGGGAGUGCUAGAGUUAGCAGGGUGACCACCGCUGGCUGCUGGGGCUGGGAACAGUGUGGAGAUCGACGCUUUGCGGUGGACGAGCUUCAAUGUCAUACAUAUCUCGCUAACGACUUUAUCUAUAAUAGGGUCUAAAAACUGGUGACAAUGGGUGGUGAGGAACUGGAGACAAAUGCAGUUGAUCUGUCUCCAAACAAAGAUGGUGGUGUUUUAAAAGAGAUUAUACACCCAGGGGACAGUGAAGCAGGGCCCUUGCAAGGUGAUCGUGUAUCUGUCCACUAUAUAGGAACACUUGAGGAAGAUGGAACAAAAUUUGACUCUAGUCGGGACAGAGGGGAACGUUUUGAAUUCACCCUCGGGAAAGGUGAAGUUAUCAAGGCUUGGGAUUUGGGUGUGGCAAGUAUGAAGAAAGGGGAGAUAGCCAGUUUGACUUGUAAAAGUGAAUAUGCUUAUGGGGAGCGAGGCAGUCCACCCAAGAUACCGCCCAAUGCUACGUUGGUGUUUGAGGUUGAGUUGUAUGAGUGGCAUGGUGAAGAUCUCAGCUCUAAAAAAGACGGUGGUAUUAUACGUAGAAAUAUUGUUGCAGGGGAAGGCUACCUGACCCCCAAUGAUGGUGCAAUUGUUGAUGUUUGUGUUCUUGGUAAAGUAAAUGGUACUAUAUUUGACAACAGAGAAGUGAAAUUCCCUCUUGGUGAAGGAACAGAGCACAAUAUUCCAGAAGGCCUAGAGAGAGCACUAGAGAGAUUUAAGAAGGGGGAGAAGUCAACCAUCAAACUUUCACCAAAGUAUGCAUUUGGAUCUGCAGGGAAUGUCAUCAUUGGUGUUCCACCUGGUGCCUCUCUGGAAUAUGAGGUCGAAUUGCGGAAUUUUGAAAAGGCAAAAGAAUCUUGGGAAAUGGACCAAGAAGAGAAAAUUGAUCAGGCCAAGGCAUGCAAAGAUAGAGGAACCACUUUCUUCAAGGAAGAUAAAUAUCGACUAGCAGUAAAGCAGUACAAGAAAAUAAUUGAUCUUCUCCAGUAUGAUAAUGGAUUGGAUGAUGAAAAAAAAGCUGAAAGUCACAUGCUUCUUUUGGCUGGAUAUUUGAAUCUUGCUAUGGCUUAUCUGAAAUUGAAUGACAAUCCUCGUGCAAGAGAGCAUUCCACUAAGGCUCUUGAGUUGGAUAACAAGAAUGUUAAAGCUUAUUUUAGAAGAGGCCAGGCCAAUCUAAACAUGGGUGAAGCAGAACAAGCUCAAAUGGAUUUUCAAGCUUGCCUUGACCUAGAUCAAACUAAUAAAGCUACUAAGCAACAGUUACAGCGGUGUGCUGCCCAAAUCAAGGCAGAUAAGAUGAAAGAGAAGGAGCUUUAUGGAGGCAUGUUUGAUAAGUUUGCCAGACAAGACAGAGCAAGAGAAGAGGCUGAAGCCAACAGGUGGAAGGAUGUGAUGGCUGGCGAUUUAGGUGAAUGGGGUAAUGCUGAUGAGAAAAAUGACUGUGGUAAAAGUGAACUUUCUAAAUUAGUAAAUAUUGAUGGAGUUCAGAUGCUGUAAUGCUGCUGGCUUUUUCUCAUUUUCCAUUAAUUUAAUGGACUUUUAGGGUAUUGUGUGAUGUCAUGUCAUGACAUACCGGUAAUUUAAGAAGGAUUUUAGUUUUGAUGAAGUACUAUACUACAUGUGGUCAACUCUACUGUGUGGCUCAAAUGUUAAGUGAAGAAAGUCAGAAAAUUGGAAGUUUUUGAAAUGUGGCAGGAAACUACCCGAUAUCAUACUUGAGAAUCCUACAAAUGGCAAAUGUUACAAGAAAGUGAUACUGUAUCUAUUGGUACUGUACCUCAAGAAGUAGAACAUUUUCACAUGUUGAACAAACUGUACUAUAAGGUGAGAAACAGGAAGGAAGAAACAGAGCAGAAUGAAGGAAGAUCAUUAAAGAAUGGAGUGGAAUGACAUGCAAGUGUGAGGCAUUUUCCUGGAAAGUAAGAGCCAGACACCUGGUGAUCCAUGGGAGAAGAUGUUGAUGGUGAUGGCUCUGUAGACAUUUGAAUUGAUGGAAAUAACCAAGUGAUAUUCUGAAACAUUGACAUUUAAUUAAUGUGUAAGAAAAUAAAUACAAGAAUUGGACUUUUUCACCUGCUUCAGAGGAUGGAGCUACUGGUGGGGUAACUAAAGUUGCCCAUAAUGCUGGUUUACAAGUAACCCUCCCCCCUCCCUCCUCCUGUACUGUACUGUAUAUUGAAAUGAAGUUUACUGUAUUUAAGCUUUUGCACACGGCUACCAAUACUUGCUUUAUGCUCAUAUCAACAAAUACCACCCAGGGUAUUUGAAGCUUAAAUUUUUUGGUAAUUAUUGAUGACUGACUCGCUGGCGAUUUUUCAUAGUAAACGAUUAUAAAAAUGCUGCAAUUUCACUUUGUUUUGUAGUGGACACUCAUAGUUUGUGCAAAUGUGUUAAAAAGUAGUCAUUUAUAAUUUUUAUCUAACCUAUCCUUAGUUGAUAAGAAAAACGAGUGGCAGAAGCAAUGCUAGAAGAUCUCACCAACCUAACCAAAGAAACCUACCUAACUUGGAGCCCCACACCCCAUAUUUUGUGGACGUGAGAGCAGCCACCCAACCGGUGAGUCUUAUAAAGUAAAGUAGACUGAGCAUAGGCCUUGAUCGGAACACGGCACAGAGGAGUGUUUUGAAAUACUUCAAUAUGAUUAGCCGUUUACAUACGGGGAUGAGAUGUCACCGCCGCAUUACUGCCGAGAGGACAAAGUAGUGUUCACCUAGGCACUAAUUAUCUACCAAACAAAGGAUUUGCACAAGAAAUUUUUAU